CUGCACGAUGAUGCAGACCACGAAGGUGCCGACCCCAUCUUGCCUGACGGAUUCUUUCUGGGGGUAUUCCGGUCGGUUCCGCAUGGGGACGAGGAGCCUGCUGCUGCUGGUCCGGAGGCAGUUCUGGAUGCUCCAGGGUUCUUCGCGCCGUUGACCCUGGGUGAAUUCGAAGGCGAGCACGGCUUUCGCGAGGCGGCCGAGUCGAAUCUUGUCCCCGUGACUAUUGAGUGGGGGCCGCUGGGUCCCUCCCUACCGUUGCUCGGGGGGGUGCUUCGUGCUGUGCCACAGGAGGAAGUGGAGCGAGCGGUGGAAACCUCGGCAAAACAGAUGCACACGACUCCGGGACGAGAGGGGAGCCACCUGGGGGUGGCCAUGUCGUUGCGUUACCAUGUGCGACAGCUAUACAAGGCGGGGCCAUUUCUCGAGGUGGACGCCGAAUUUCUGAAUUGGGUGCCCCCGCCAGGUGGUUCGUCGCCAACAGCGCACGCCGAUCCGGUGGACCGGUUUUGGAUCCAUGCGAGUUUGCUUUCAGGCGACGACCUGGAAGUGGCGCAUGUGAAGUUGGCUCGCCUAUCCAGUUGAAAACUCCCAACCCCGCCAUACGGAUAGGCUGGAAAGGAAGUCCGAUAUCGCAGGUGCUUAGCUGUAGUUUUCUUCUUGCUCCAUUUCCAAAGAGACUGCAGCUCGGGAGCGAGCUGAAACGGUAGUAAUUCACGAGGCGUCCAUUUGCACUUUGAUUCUUGUAUUGGCUGCGCACUUCUAUACAUUAUGCGCCAGCGAGAGAAUAGAUAUAGACCAGAGGCUUUUUGAUCGGGUUCUUUGCAGCAUCAAGUUCAACUAAUUUUUUUAAAAGAAAGCUGCGUUGGUAGCUGUUUUCAACUUGACAAGGCCAGUGGCUGCUUCACGCUGCCCACAACCACAAACUGGAUCUUUUGCCUGGCGUGCAGCAGGCGGAGGGGAGACGGAACGACGUCGCGGUUGCACCGACGGUUCCGGAGGCGGCCCCUGCACCGGUAACAGCAGCUGCUUGGGAGAAAGCAGGACGCAGAGCAAGUAGGCGCAGCAAGGGCAGGGCCCCCUCAGAGGCAGUAGACAAAGAGCCCGAAGACGGAGACGAGGUAGCCGCUACGCAUCCCACCCGAGCGCUUGAGCAUGAUCAUCACGUGGUGGAGGCACUGAUGGCAGUGCCCGAGCGCCUACUGGCCCGAUUCGCUGGUGGUUCGGACCUGAUAGACGACCUUCGGAGUCUGAGGAACAGUACCGUUUGGCAAUGAUCGUUAUCUCUUUUCAAGCAUACUGCUUCACAUCAAUUUACUAUAAUUUCCCCGAACAAGAACAAUACAAGCGUCACUGCACCACGUGUGUCUGCAGGCAGCUUUUUCUCUUGUUUCGAUCAUCUGUUUACUAUUUUUAUAUGUCAUAACGUAAACCUACAGAUCCUGGAUUCCAGGGCGACGCACGACUAUGCGGGUAUGAUGCUUCGGAGCGUGGAAACCUGGAUCGUGAGCCCGCAGAAGUUUUGCGAGGCGCUGAAUUGAAAGACUACGAGACAACUCUCCCCAUUCUGCGGCCUCGGUUGGAACGCGUGGCCUUCGUCGCACAGGGGAAGGUGCAGCGAAAUCUUGGAGUGCUGCUGACAAUGGACGGGACCAUACGCCGUGUCGACAAGUCCUCGCCCUUUUAUAAUCACCCGCGCAUUACAGUGGGUUGCCGGCUACUUGCCCUGCAUCUCGACGCCGUGUUACGAGUUCCAUUGGAAACCGAUCUCAUGCACCCCAAUAGUGCGGAGCGGGGGUGGGCGGCCCAUCUGGGGGACGUUUUUCUGGAUUCCCUACCGGACUGGGUGCUCCGUGGCGGCCUUGAUAUCCCACAGAAAAAAGCAGGCAGGGCCUACUUAGCUGCCAACAUAUGAAAUCAUAAGUACACAGGAAAAGUGUAAUCUGUAAAGCGCAUAUCCGAAGCAGCACGCUAUCGGCUCGCGCUUCGUUAUUUUUCGCAUCCAAAAGUAUGCCCUGCCUGCUUUUUCUUGUGGACACUGGACGUCGAGUACAUACCGGGCAUGCAGUUUCACAGGACGCUGGUGCGUGUGCACGUCCCUGCGCGGAUCAACUUUCGCCAAUGGCCUUCGACGCCCGCGGCUGCUGCUGCUGCUCUGCCUGAAGUCUAUCCCAUGAGUCACGAUGGUGGGGCAAGUAGAAGUGGAGGAUCGCCAGCAGCCGCGUCGUCCUCAUCUCCCGCUGCGCGCACGGAAGCGGCGGUGGAGGAAGACCAGCACGACGCUAUUACAAUGAAAAAUGCUCCCACCCCGGAACUUACAAGUGUUUCUCAUGCAAAGUUUUCAAAUGAAAGCCUUUGCCUUUCUGAUGCAGAAUCUAUCUUUGCACGGUAUCUUUUGCAUAACAGAUCCGGCUACGGUUGGGUUCCUUUGCAACACAGAUUUGAGCUAUUCAGCAUCGAAAACUUGUGAUGCUGAUAUAUGGAGGACGGGGAAUGUUUCCAUUGGAAAGGUUUGCGGAAUGCAAAUGCUGCCAAGUUCUGGGCUUGGGGCAUUUUUCAUCUGAAUAGACGCGACGCGAGGGAGCAGCGCGCACGCCGCCCAGGGGCAGAGGGUGCCGGCAGCCUCGCAGUUGGAGUGGGAGUCACACCCUGUCUACGGUUAUGCCCUGGAAAUUAAGUAACCAUCCCCAUCGACGUUUUGCAUGAGCGACGCCGAUUCGGAAUCAGGGGUUGUUCUUCGACCGUUUUGUUGCUCUUCGGAGUGGGUGAUGUCGUGGCGUAAGUUGCUAUUUCUUGCAGGGGAGCAGGUCCACUUCUUGCAUGAGAAAAGCCGACCGGGGAUGGACAAAAUGAUAUAAAAGCGUCCGGGGAUGAAGUAGAUAUACUCGCAAUGUUUUUCGCGGUUCUGGCCCUCGAUCUCCUGCGUCCGUAGCUGCUUGCGGCGACGGUGGGAAGGUUUUUAAUGUGGUGCAGUCGAGUACUCAUGCGUGACAAAAGCGGACCCAACUCCAUGUUUUGCAUCACAAAAAGGAUGGGGAUGGUUAAUUUUCACGGAAUAGCGGCGUCGUACCGUCCUUCAAGCUGCGGAACGCACUAUCAGUUUUUAAGGAAUCCGAUAGCGAUUUUGUAGGCACCGUGGUGGGGGCACACUACGAGUGCGUCGACGCUGCGCCAGAAGCAGAAGAUGACGGGUUUUGCGAUGUAGAAGGAAAGGGCAGCACCGAAGACUCGUUUGACCACAUCGCAGCUUCGUGCGAACGUGCUCCGCGCGAUCGCCGGUUUUCAGGAGCGGGUGGCGGCACCUUUCGAGAUCAUCCCGUGGAAGGUCAUGCGAGGACGUGCAGGAGCAAAGUGCUUCAUUACAAGGUCAGAGUGGACGCAAUGCUGUACAUGAUGGACGGGCACUCACCCGUGAUGUGGAGUAGCCCUCAUCACGGCUUGCUACGGGGAGCGUACGUGCUCGUGAACGAGAAGCACGUGACUGCCAUUCGCACGCCGCGAUGGAAUGAGCGGUGGCAUUGGGAACGCCCCGGAGGAGGUCCCAACGACACCCAUGACAUUCGGCUUGAGAUCCCGGAAACGGGUGCAGCCUGGCCAGACAGUCUAUCUGCCCGGUACUGGUGGAGUGCCGGAAUUAUAAAGGACAUGGGAAUAAAGGUGUACGCCGUUUCUUAUCAAAUGCAAAAAUAUCUGGGUCUGGAAGAUUCAUGCACGUUUUGCAUGAGCCAUGAUGUCUGUGAUGCAUGCCGUAGCUUCACAGCUUUUUCGAGGGGUUCUUGAUGCCUAUUGCGCAUGACAAAUGCCCUAUCCGCGUAGCAAAAAUUGCAUUCCCUUUGCUACUCAUGCAUUACAGAUUUUUUUAGAAUCCAAAUGCAGCAUCAGGGUUCCAAAUGCAGCAUCACAAGUUCGGAUUCUUCCAGACCCAGACAUUUUUACAUUUGAUAUUUCUGAUUACAUCGGGAUGCAUGAUUAUAAGCAUGACCGCGCCUUCCGAGACAGCCGUCCAGAUCGCUACAAGCAGGAGUUGAUUUUGACGAGUCCCGCACUGCUGACCGACCCGCUGCUUAUGAACAUCGGGGCAUACGGAGAGAGAAUGGCAGAUGAGUGGCUGGAAUCUCACGCUUUAGCAAUCAUAUCCUCUGUGAGAACGCUGUCCGAUCCCUAGAUAGCGAAAGUAAUUUGUCAGUGUCUAUUCUUAUUUUCAAGUGCGCACCAAGAUAUGUUCUUGCUUGUCGGGUAUGCCAGCGUGCUUGACGCACCGGCAAGUGUGACGAUUCUUGUAAGUAGUGGCCGGAAAUUCGGCUCUCGGCAUGUAAAAGGUCUACUUCAUUCUUCAAUCUAUUCUUUGACUUCUGGGAUGAAGUAUGCCGCAUUGCGGCCGUGCUGCAUUUGCGACGACGAAAAAAACAUAUGGUGACGCGAUGCGACCGAUUUUCCGAAGUAUCUUGGCCACGUUUUACUAGGCUGUCUACGACUCCCGCAACUCACGCUGGGAAGUAGUUUUUGCACGCCUCAAAGUAGGGGGUGGAAGAUUUUACAUCCAAAUUCUUCCCCACGGAAGUUGUCGCAAAGUUGCAUCGAAAUAAUCUUGAGCGUACAACUAGGGGGGAAAGGCUCUUCCAGAGGAUAGGUUGUCCACUGCAUCCACGAAAGGGCCAAAGCACACGCAAACCCCACGGUGGUACAGAGAAACUCGGGACUUGUUUUGACCGAGGAUCUCCUGGAAGUAGUGAAGACUCACGUAUAUGAACCAAAAAAGCAGGAGGGGAAUGAAGAACUACGACGCCGAGGCGGUAUCGUCCCCAAGUACCCCGUUGGGGUGAUUGGUGGUGGAGACCACGCAGAACAAACGAGUGUCCCCCAGGCCCAGACCACUCUGAAAACUUUUUCUGAAUUACACGACGUCGCGCGGGUGCUUUCGGUCGGAGCGCCCGAGGGGGUUCCGGGUUCCCUGAAAUCGAUUCUGCUUCCCACUACCGUUGACGGGUCGGAGGAGCGCCGUGUUGCCUGGAGGCUGGCGUAUAGCGCGCAGUACCUGCGGACUAUAGGCACCGGCUUUCUGCUUUCUCUCGUCCGCAUUUUGGUCGAGCAAAUAUACCAACUGACACAGACGAACGACGGGCGUCAGUGGCAGUUUGCGCUAGAGUUCUCCAAAACGGUGCAGGACUACACAGCGUCGCAGCGCAGAGGCGCCCAGCUCAGUGCGGAAAUGGUUGGAUCGAAGUCGUGGAAAUAUCAAAUGCAAAAAUGUCUGGGUCUGGAAGAAUGCGCGAUUUGUCAUGCAGCUUUUCCAUGACCCGUGAGGUCUGGAACGCAGGACCUCGCAUGACAGAUUCUGCGCGAUCCCUCUCAUGCCUAUCCUGCAUGAGAAACUCGCUCCCGAUUUGGUCAAAACUGGACGACUUUUGGUAAUCAUGCAACACAGAUUUUUACAUGCUUCAGAGAGCGAUCGGCUACCGAGGCACGUCAGGGGGCGUCGCUACUUCAAUUCAAUUCAAUUCAAUUCAGAUCUAGCAUGUGCGCCUUGCCUUCUACAGCGCGCCCCAGACUGAGUCAGAUGAGCCAAAUUGAGCCCUGACCCGACCGCCACCAAAUAGAGUUGGCGCGGACUCCCAAAUAGAGGAGGUCAGUCUGGUAGGUGUCUGUUGGGCCCGUCGUAGUGCGUGUGUCGUCGCCGCUUCCCGCGUCCGGUUGGUUGGUUCUGGUCGCAUUUUGGAUUACCUACCGAGACCGUUCUCGCCUCCAUCUCAGUGAGCGAGGUCGACGAUUAGGCCUUGCGGGAAAUUCCCGUUGUGUGAGGCUCUCGCUUGGUCGGCGUCGUCGCCCCCUGCACGUUCGGGUGAGUAGACGGGUUGGUGGCGCCAUCGGAGCUUGCUCCGGGACUUGUGGUGUGUGAGCUUCAUGCGAGGUGCUCCCGGGUCAGCGGCUUCGGCCAAGACCCCCUCGCUGUCGCUCUCGUGCUGCUUGGCUGGUGGUGGCUUCCUUCCUUGUUUUGCCGCUCGUCUGUUGCGUGGUCCCCAAGAUUCCCGGGACUAGGAUCUCUGGGUUACCUAGGGUCGAGUUGGAUGUGCGGUUCGGUGCUCCCUAUGUCCCUGCCUCUCUUGUACUUGCCACUGGGUACAGAGAUGUGCGUUUUCGUUCGUCAGCCGGUUUCUAAGAGCUGAAACCACAUGACGUUCAGGAUUGGGGAGGUUCGCAACGGCCCCUCAGGACAUUGCCUCGUUGUCAGCUCUUGGAAACGGGCGGAUGAGCUGACUUCGGGAAGCGUACUCGGGGUGAGUCAGCUUCGGCUUUCUCUUUAGUGAAAUCGAGGGCAGUGGUAGGUAGAGGUUGUUGGAGUGUUCCUAACAAGUCGCUCCUGGUCACAUUUUAUUGUACCAAUCUCACUUCCUCAAUCCUGGAUGGUCUUUUGACUGUCUAUAGGUGCCUCCCUCGUUUCUCACACCCAGAGGGGCGUUAGGCCUCGCUGCCGAUGCUGUCGGUAGCGGAAGUCCCCGCUCCCCCUGCUCCCCCCGCGUUCCCACGUGUUCCCACGUAGAUCUAGGUCUCUACCCUUUUAUUUCUCUCGUGUCGUCUUGCUUACUUCUGGAAUCUUUGUAGCGCUAGGUGGCGGAUCCCGCAUUUGUUGGUUGCAGGGGCAGAUGUUUUUUUUUCCGUCUUGCCAACGGGCUGAGCUGGGUGGGUUUUUGACAGAUACUUCUUGGCUUUUAGCUCCUACAUUUUACUACUCUUGAAGGCAGCCGCCAUAUUUACCUGCUGAAGGGCCGCACCCGGAAGCGCCCAGUUUCUGUUUACCAGCGCCAAGGUGGGUGUUGUGGUGGUUUCCAGCGGGCCGCACCCAAGGACUCCAUCCACUCACCCCGCGCAAUACACACGACGUUUUUGGCUGCAUACAUGAAAAAAGUCCACGUAAUUCAAGGGGCCGCACCCCGCUUUUUAUGCCCGGCCCCGUUCCUAGCACACAGCGUGCUCCACCAGGCGGGUGCAUAGAUGGGCCCUAAGAUCCGGCGACACUCAUGUGGACAUACUAGAGCUCCAUGAUGACAAACAAAAAAUCCAUCUUACAGCUACCGCUUCGCUUUGCAAGCACCGCAAUCGAGGUAGUGCUGACCUGUUUUGUACCGUAAUACGCAAAUGUCUGACAAUUCAAAAAAACAAAAUUAUUUCAUCUUCUUGUCGCCAAUGCAAGUUACCUGAGGUGCCGCACACCUCUAGCUCCAGCCUCUUGUCGAUUACUUCCUACUCGUUCGGUCGUGCAUGUGUGGUGCAGCCCGCUCAGAGUUUUUUGUUUUUCAUGCGACUCUGCAGCACCCACGCAAGUUUGCAUGUCCAAGUCUCACGACUUUUAUGGGCUCACGCACAUCCGAGAUCGGGGGGGUGGGAGGGGGUCCUCAAGCCAGAAAAAAACUCCUUUAGAGUAUGGCAGGUAGCGAAGGUUCAGAUCUAGCAUGACAAGUUGCAUUCUUCCAGACCCAGACACUUUUACAUUUGAUAGGAAAAAGCAAGGAACGACUUCUGCGUCGCCCCUGGCGAACGCGGCUAGGCGAAAGGUCGUGCAACGCCACUAUGACCGCGGAGUGCCGGCCUAUUUGGUGGCCAAGCCCUUUUCGGUCUGGUCCAAGAUGUCUGCGGAGGACCAGGCACAAGCGCGAGUUGAGUUUUUUGAGCGCGCGUGGGAUAUCAUGAUCAGCCAGCACAUGCAGCAGCACAACCACGUAGUCGCGCAAAUGGCAGUCCAGGAGAAGAGCAGUGCGUUUCGCCAUCUCAUGCAGGGCGUGGACCACCUGAUGCUGCGGCCUCUGAUCGAGGACCGGCCGUGGCUUCUGCACCUACCUGCAACUUCCACCGCGGCGAACGACCCAGCAGUACAUGUUGAAGAAGCACAACAAAAAGCGGACCGCCAUCAAGCGGCGGCCCCCGCGGCCCCGACGCUGGCGUCGUCGCCUCUGGGCCCCGAUCUGAACCUGUUGCUCACCGAGCGGCUUCCAGAUGUACGCGCGUGGCUGGACCGCUUCUUCUACUCAGACUGGACGGCGGACGCCGGGAAGGCUCAGAGCUGGUUUUCCGUGGCGCUACCGGUCGACCAAAAAAUCAAAGCAAAGUACGGCGACGCCGAAAAUUUCUACCAAAAAGUGUUUUCCGCGUCCUGGGACCUACGCGUGACUGCGUGGGGACUGGCAAAACAUAUUAUCGACCGUGGGGCGUAUUCGCCGCACUUUGCGGAGAGGAAGGGGGCACAGGCGCGCGCGGAAAUGCAGGAGUGCUGGAAUUAUAUGCAGGGCAAGCAGAACGCGCCGCCCGACGGCACCGGCGUGCAGGAGAAGCUGCGGAGGUGCCUCUGGAUUCUGCCGCGUCUCGCCGAUCAGCGCGCGCCGGGGCAGGACCCGCCGCCGGAUGAGAGGCGCGAUCAGGAGCCGGUCCGUGUACCGCUUUUGAGUCUGGAACAACGGUUGCAAGAGAGUAUUGUGGCGGAUGAGGGGCGCACACACGCCGCCUUUCCCGACCGUGUGCAGUUACACGUGCCGAGCCACCUCGUCGUUGCGGAGGAUUGGCACCCCGACGGAAGUGGCACCUCCUCGUCGGUGUGGGUCACUCAUGCUUUCCGAGGUUUCACGACGUUGACGAAGUCUACGGGGUUUCAGCUGCUUCACGUGCCUUCGAAUGAGCACCUGCGGGAUCUUUUCAGGGCCGCGGGGGGGUUGGACGGUCUGUUCCCGAACAAUUUCGGCUACAAGUGGCAGCCAGACACGCCGGCGUCUAGCAGCCAUCAUCCCCUCCAGGAGGAGGAUCUUCUUUCGCGGCACGUCCGGUUUGGGCCGGUGGUCGGGUGCGUUUUCGUUUCCCGAACUCUUGCAAAGGCGAUUGUUGCGCAGGUUACGGCUCUUCGCGUGGACGGAAAGAUUUGGAGCGAGGCCGCGCGUAGCAUUCUGAACGGGGGACUUGAGGCAACGAGCGGGGCUGCGGCUGAACGCCCCUGGCUCAGAGUUCCGCUGGACGUGAGUCGCUCGCUUAUGCGCGCGUGGUACGAAAAAAACAAGUUUGCGGGAAAAGGCGAAAGGGAUUCAGAAGAUCCGGAUGUGCUGCUGCGGAACAAGAAGAUGUCCGACUACAUUCCCACGGAGUCGUCGCCACGGGCUGAGGUCGAGGUCUCGGGCCUGGUGCCGAAGCAAAGAUAUGAAGUGAAAAUUUACGCGCACUUGAAGAAGUCUCCCGACGAAACAGGUAUCUCGCCUGCGAACCGCGCUUUAAAAGACGAGGAGCGGCGCGUCGGGUAUGCAUAUGCGGCGGACCAGGAGGACAGAACCCUCAGUGCGCUUCGCAGAUUUGUGGAGCAUUUUGACCUUGCUUCGGGGGAGCCGCGAGAGCCGCGACCGGCAUCACCCCAGGGAAGAGGUGGAAGAAGCUACACCGCCCCGAUGGACGUGGACGCGGGAGCUCCGCCUGAGCCAUCGUGCCGAAGUUUCGACGAUUGGAUUGCGUUGUUUCUGAAGGAGAAUGCCGACGGCCGGCAUUUUGCUCUGCGAUCGCCCGUCACAACACCGUACUUAGAAGAUGCCGGCGCAACCGCGCGCUGGGCACAGAUCGCGCGAAUGCUGUCCUUGUCGCCGGCCGGUGAGUGGCUGUUUCAGGCUCAUGACAAGGCACAAAUGGAGUUGGCCGCGGCGCAGGCGGACCCAUCUACUUCGGGGGAAGGUCCGCUUUGGUCGCAACUGCUGCAGCUGGUUUACGCCCAGCUGGCCGCCGGUCUGCUCACGCGACAGCAGAGCCUCCCCAUGCAGGUGGACGCGGCCGCAGCUGUGGAGUACGAAAAGGCGCGUAAGCGUGGCGGGAACAAGCAGGCACUGCGUAAGCUGGACCCUGCGCAGGCUGAAGCAUCCGCACCGCGAAGCAGCUACUACUACGCCACGAAGGGUGCGGGGUUGUCGAAGGAUCAGCACCUCGCGCAGCAGAAGCGUUCCUUCAUGAUCUACUUCGCGCGCAAGUAUUUUCUGCGGGGACCGGGGCAGGGGCCGGGCUCUGAUCCGGACCGCCUGGGCGGAUCGUCCGGAGUCAGCGAGCCGGAGGCUCUAAUGCAAGCAGGAGAUGCGUGGGUCCAGUGGACCGCCUCGCCGGACGGCAGCCUGUCGUCUUUCGAGUUGCCCACGCGACUGCAGCCGGACCGGCCGCUGGAGCCCGCACUGGUACUGACGGCGUGGGCGGACGCUGCCGGAAGGAUGCAACUGAAAAUACGCCUGCCGGAUGUGAACCGCUUUGGACCCAAGUUUGCCGCGCAUAACGGUGUCGCUGACUUCUUCGCCCUGACGGGUGUGAAGGUGCGCCAUCUUCCCAGCGAGGAACAAUUCGUUGCCGCAGCGCCGGGCAGAAGCUCUGAUCCCGUGUCCUCCUCGCUUGCCAUGAAACUGCACCGCACGCACUCCUCCAUUGCGGAGUUUCUCGGGCCCGGGUUGCGCGCCGUGGUGCGUGCCGCGCGCGAACGCCUGGCGAGCCAUGGCGGCGUGUCCGUCGACUUUGACGACGACUUGGACCAGCGGCAGCAGUCUGCGAGUGCCAGCUCGGGGGGCAGCUCGUCGCUCGGGGACGCGGUGGAGGUGUCCUCGGUGGAUGCGUUUCAGGGCCGCGAAAAGAAAGUCAUUAUCGUGGAGGUGUCGCGCACGCGUCCUUGGGGUCUUAAGUCGGUGCGGGACUUUUUGAACAACGAGUCGCGGUUGAACGUCGCCAUUACGCGCGCGAAGAACUUGGUGAUCGUGGUUUGCGACGUGCUCGGCCUCGCGGGGACGAAAGACCUGCACGUGCCGCGAGCCGGCGCAGGCCAAAAGCAGGAGCAGGUCCCCACUCGCAACGAACCGGCGCAAAACAACAACGUGUGGCAUGCCUUCUUGGACCACUACGACAACCAUCCGGAGGUGGUCAACCGAUUCGGUCCGUUCACGCCGACCUCGUGGCAGCCACACCGCCUGGUGCUUCCGCUUUGGUACGAAAUGACCGACGAGGCUCAGCUGCAAGGUAAUGCGCCAAAAACCGCUUCUCCUGGUGGUCCCCGGGGAGAACACGCAUCAAGUCCCUCCGCGGCGGGCGAGGCCGGCGCAGCAGCUUCCGCCACGACGGAGCUACCCGACGCUCAUCCGGGGCGACGAAUCGACGGACAACCUGCGACUUUGCAGCACCGCAUCGACGCGCGUCCGCCACCUCCAGCGCACAGCCCUCCGCCGCCACCUCCCGGGGGCGUAGCAACGUUGGUGGGCCCACCGCCGGGACUUGUCGGAGAAACUGGUCCUGUGGGUCCGGAAGGUCAUUUGCACAUCAGUGGCGAACCAGCGACGGUGCCUCAGAAUCCGGUCGUCGGCGUGCCCAGUAACCCGCCUCCGUCGCAUCCUCCGCGAAUUUCGCCGUUGCCGAUCGAAUCGCUGCCCCCGUGGGCUAGGCAUAGGUACGGCGGUAUGCUUAGUAGCCCGCCGCCGGUGCUUCCUCCGGGGAUCUCGCCUGAACGACAGGUCGCGGAUUUGCAGGAGUCAGCGAAAGGCAGUGCUGUUCGCGUCAAAUCGAUCGUGGAUGCCAUGGCCGAGCUGGCAGUUACGGACACGUCCCAUGCUGCACGACAGGCCGCAAGUAAUGAUUCAUCUCCGCGAGGGAACCUCGGUUCAGACGACCAUGCGAGAGUUAUGUAUUUGCAGAAGGAAUUGUGCUGGGGUGCUGGAUGCUCUGCUCUUCAUCAGCGGUGGAGUAGUUGUGGCAUCUUGAUACAAGCAGUAGCGUUUCUUGCCGGCACGACGACUUUGUUCGUACCAUUGAAUCAUCUAAUCAUACGCUCGUCAAGGAGCAGCAUGAAUCUCUCUCCGGGUACUUUGCAUGUUGGAAGUACGAAGGUUACGCACGGAGUUCUUCGCAUGAUGUUUCAAUUUUUUUACGCCACAGUGUUGCAGAAAGUCCACACCUGAUCGAACGAAAGAGCUUUCCAUCACUCACCAUCGAGAUUUUCUUUGCAUACGAGUUGGUGACGAGGUGCAUGCAGGGAAGCCCUUGUCCCUACCUGCAAGUGUUUCAAACUCGAUUUCUGGCAGGAAGAACUUGCGGAAUUCACCUGCGCCUUUGCAGUCGCCUAUCGCUGAGCAGGCCGGUGGUCUUCGAGUCGAGGCCCCGUUCUUUUCCGGGGACGUCCCAGACCGGCCCGCCAGCGGCAGUGGCGCCUCCGAUUUUAGUGUUUGGAAGACAACUAACCCUGAUAGCCGCGGCAGCGCCUUGAGUGGAGACGCCAACUGGGGCCCGACGCUGUCGCAAGCCUCGUCCUGUCCGGGCAGACGGCGUAAGCGGAAAGAUUUGCAACGGGUAUCGCCGCCAGCGCCACCUCCUAUUGCCGGACUGCCAGCGGAUGACGAGGAAGCAAACGCUGGUCAGCCGGGUUCCGCCGGAGGUGAAAGUGGAGACGAAAGAGUCGUCCUUAUGAAUAACGGACCCGUGAUGAAAGAUGUGCUAGGGGUGUGGGACGAUAGACCCGCUGCCCCACCGCGCGAAUCCGCAGGUGGAGCAGCCAGCAAUCCCACAGAGUUUCCACCUUUGAUGUCUCCAUUCCUGGGUAGCAAACAAGGUAGAAAAGGGUCGCAGACGACCCCCGCAACUGCGACUGUCGCGCAGUCCAGCAAGUCCGUUGACGAUUUGAUGCUGGAGCAAGAACACGAAGGAACUCCAGAGCAGAGUGUCGACGAAUCUGCCAGCGCUCCGGGUGCUUCUUCGAACGAUCUUGGAAACGGUUCUGUCGACGAUCCUGAAUUGCAGCUCCCGGACCGGCAGACCUCCAAAGACUCGGUGUCGAUUUUGUCAGACCCGAUGUCUCCUCAAAAUACCGGGGGCCACCCCUUCAGACCGCCGCCGGGGUUGUCCCUUCCGGACCCCGCUUCAGACUCCGACGACACGGCUGACGAUCCGUUCGAACCCGCUCCCGAGACGCCUGCACAAACGCAGCCUCCAGAAAGCACGCCGGCACCGCAAACGCGAUCGGCGGGGCCAGAGUCGGGGUCCUCAGGGGCGCACUCUGCACAGAGCUGGGCCACCGCGCGCUCGGGCAGGAGUACAGCCCAGGAGGGGACGGGCCACGCGGACGAAUCUUGGAUGCGCACCCGUCUAAACGCGCGGCCGAAGAAGGCAGCACACGGCACCAGUGCGGGAUCAACGCCCGCUGCCGGCGAAGCACAGAUCGUCGCGCCGGUGUACUUCAUUCCGGGGUCGAUACCGGAUGGACCACUUGAUCCGACGAGUCCGCAGGCGUACCAGGCGCAGAUGCCAAAUAUGGGGGGCGCGGCGGAAAUCGGUCCGUAUACAAAUUGGGGGGUCAGUCCGCAACAAGGGUGGGGAAACGCGUUCCCAUAUGCUGUUCCGCCUCACCCGAUGAUGCAGAUGCAUGGUGGCUGGGGACAGAGUGCCUUCUUCGGUGGUCCUCCGCAGAACCCUUCGCAGCAAAUUUCCGAAGCGGGGUCACACGGAAAAGGAAAGGGAAAGGGUUCCAGAGACAGGCGGUAUCAAGCGGGUCAAGGUUCCAGGGCGGACAGGAAAGGUCGCAAAUGAUCGAACGCAGCACGACGCGAGUGCCCCAUAGAUAAGUAAACAAGGCUUGCAGUUUCAGUCUUGUGAACAAGAACAGUCCAUCUUUAACAUGGAUAACGAUAACAUCAUUUUUCACGGUAGUAACAUUUUUCUCGCAUUUUGAUGGGGAUGAGGAGGUCGGCGUCGCAGUCGAGGCUUUAGCACAUUGAUUGCACUUUCGCGCCGCUCUUUCUAUUAGUAUUUUUGCGAAUGCUGGCCCCUCUUUUCCUACAUUUUGAAACAGCCUUAUCCAUCUAAAGAAGCGAAUCAUUUUUGAAGAGGAAGUUCUCGGAGGUUUCACCCGGCAGACAAAGCAUCGCUUUAUUUGAACCGUUGUACUAUGUUUUUCCGUGUAUUAUUUAUUGUUAUACCUGACGAGAAAGAAUCCGCAUGAAAUGCAGCUAAAACCUAAAGAAGAUCAAUGAAGAAUACCUGCGCCGCGCCAGAAAACCGCGUUGGCUUAUCCAAGCAUCUGUACAUGCAACUUCAAGAAGUCGUUUACAGUUACACAGACCAUCGCACGCCAGCAAAAUCUAGUGGCCACGUAGUUUGCAACUAUUUUCUCAAUCUUGUUUUCUUUUGCUGGAACCCUGGGUAACGGCAAUCUAGUGAAGGCCUGGGGGAUAGCAAUGAAUCUAUUCUUCGAUAUGUCUGGUGGCUUUUCGUUUUUCGACGGAGCGGCGGUUGCCGCAAGUCAAAGGUGAAGAUGCAGUUUUUCAGUUUCCAAGCACAAUCUUGAGGACUAUUAGAGACCCUCCCGAUACAGUGCGCCAUCUGUUUCAAAAACUGCAACGGGUAUGAUUCAGAGUCAGGACAGUCACCUGGCGAGCUGAUUGGUGCCGUCCGUGGACGCGCGUCGCUGUCACCACCUGCAGGAAGAAAAUUAGCUGUUCAAGUUCCUCAAACCUGUGUGUCCGCUGGUGCAACAUUCAACACCAUGCAUAGGACGAAAUUUCUACAACUGGAUGAAGUUGAC